CGACGUGCAUUUACUGGAACAGACACAACUUUCUCAUCUACUUGCUUUUUGUGAACAUAAGGUAACGAAACUACUUGUCCACAGUGAUCAGAACUUAAUUUUUGAAUUAUACAUUUAUGCAACGGCUUCACAUUUGUAAAAAUGUUAUCUAUACAUGUUGCACUAGAUUGAGAAAUACGCGUUGGCUCUAUAAAUAAAUUAAAAAGACCAUAUGAUUUAAACAAUGAUCUAAAUUUAAUAUUGAUGGAGGAAGCUUCUAGGAGAUUGAUAUUAAAAUCUCCACAUAUUACAACAGAUUUAUUCUGUUUAUUAAGCUUAGCAAAAACUUCCUAAAUCUAAAUCUCAUAAAUAAAAACUAUUCUCUACUUAUUGUAAUAAAAAACAUUUGAUGAUAGUAUAUUUUUAAAUGCAUAAACGUGCAACAGUGAACUAUUAUGCUGAUAAUUAAAGAAAGAAGAAUGAAUGUAUAUGAAUGAAACAUACGUCUAUCUUUGUCGGUCUUAAGAAUACCAAACGGUAUUCGCUGAAGGUCAUACAGGUUUACGCACCAACCUCGGCACACCCCGAUGAGGAGGUGGAGGAAAUGUAAAAAAGGAAAUAUCUCUAGAGCCAUGCAUUCCUCCAAAACCCAAUAUACGGUGUUAAUGGGAGACUUCAAUGCAAAACUAGGCACAGGAGAAAACGGUGAGCUGAAAGUAGGGAAAUUUGGAAUAGGGCAACGGAAUUCAAGGGGACAGCAGCUGGCCAACUUCAUGGAUAAAGAGGGACUCUUUAUGAUGAACUCUUUCUUCCAGAAGCGGCCCCACAGGAAGUGGACCUGGUAGAACCCCGACGGUGCCACAAAAAAUGAGAUUUACUUCAUUAUGACGACCAGACGACAACUGUUCAGUGGUUUCCGUGAUCGUGAGGGUGAAAACUGGUAGCGAUCACCGAAUGGUUAGAGGCACACUGAACCUAAACGUUAAGUUGGAGAGGUCUCGUAUAAUGAAGUCAACGGUCCGUCCCCCUCGUGCUCUGUUCCAAAGUCCCGAAACCUUUCAGCUCGAGUUACAAAACCGUUUUCAGUGCCUAGAAGACUGCAAUGAAGUGGACGAUAUGAAUAACAAGCUCGUGGAAACUGUCCAUGCGGUCGGAGCUAAGUUCUGCAAGACCCACCGCAGAAGAACACAAAAACUCUUCGAUCACACUCUCAAUCUCAUGGCUGUUAGAUGGGAGAUGAAGCUACAUUCUUCAACAGAUUUGACAGUAUACAGGCAACUGAACAGACAGAUCUCUAAAUGCAUGCGGCGGGAUUUACGCAACUUCAAUACAGCUUGCAUUGAAGAAGCGAUCGAGCGGAACCAAGGUCCCAAAGUCUUUGCCAGAGAUCUGUCUGCCAGAAAGAGCCAACUGUCAAAGCUGAAGACCGAGUGUGGCGGCAUCGUUUCCGGGGCACCUGUGAUUUUGAGUGAGAUUUAGAGGUUCUAUGGGCAGCUUUACACGUCAUCGUUGGAGACACACGCAAGUGUGAGUAACGAUCCAAGAGCGAGUCUUAUCCGACACUAUUCCGAAGAUAUCCCGGACGUCAGUCUGAGCGAGAUUAGAAUGGCUCUCUAGCACCUUAAAAACGGCAAGGCCCCAGGUGAGGAUGGAAUUACAGCGGAGCUUCUGAAAGCGGGUGGACGACCGGUACUUGAAGUCCUUCAGAAGCUCUUUAAUUCUGUCCUCCAUGGUGGCAUUACACCGGAGGCGUGGAGCAGAAGUGCGGUGGUCUGAACAAGAAAGGUGACAACGCUUUCUUGAAGAACUACAGACCGAUUUCCCUUCUGAGCCGCGUCUACGUGCUGUUUUCGAGAGUCCUUACGAAUCGUCUCGCGCGCAGACUUGACGACUUCCAGCCUCCCGAACAAGCCGGUUUCCGAAAGGGCUUUAGCACCAUAGACCACAUACAUACCCUUCGGCAAAUUGUACAGAAGUCCGAAGAGUACAAUUUGCCACUAUGUCUGGCGUAUGUGGACUAUGAGAAAGCCUUUGAUUCCGUCGAAAUUUCGGCGGUGCUGCUGUCCCUUCAACGGUGCCAAGUUGACUGUCGGUAUAUCGAGGUGCUGAAGUGUUUGUACAGUAGAGCUACGAUGGUUAUCCCUGUACAGAACCAGAGUACGAAACCUAUCCAAUUGCAGAGAGGUGUAAGACAGGGUGAUGUUAUAUCCCCGAAACUCUUCACCGCUGCAUUGGAAGACGUUUUCAAACUUCUGGACUGGAAAGGAUACGGUAUUAACAUCAAUGGCGAGUACAUCACUCACCUUAGAUUUGCCGACGAUAUAGUCCUUAUGGCAGUAUCGCUGGAGGACUUAAGCACUAUGCUCAAUGACCUCAAUAGUGUCUCCCAACGGAUAGGUCUUAAGAUGAACAUGGACAAAACAAAGAUUAUGUUUAAUGUCCAUGUCACACCUAUGCCGGUAGUUGUUGGGAGCACUAAGCUCGAAGUUGUUGACGAGUAUGUUUACCUGGGACAAAUAGUCCAACUAGGAAAGUCCAACUUCGACCGAGAUGUCAAUCGACGGAUUCAACUCGGCUGGGCAGUGUUCGGGAAGCUGCGACACAGCUUCUCGUCAGACAUACCUCAAAACCUUAAAACGAAAUUGUACAACCAGUGCGUGUUGCCAGUGAUGACUUACGGAUCUGAGACGUGGUCCUUCACUGCUGGCCGUAUGAGGAAGAUCGCUCAGCGAGCUAUGGAGAGAGCUAUGCUUGAAGUUUCUCUGCGUGAUAAACUUAGAAAUGAGUAUAUCCGCAGUAGAACCAGAGUGACCGACAUAGCCCAACGGAUUAGUAAGCUGAAGUGGCAGUGGGCCGGCCGUAUAGCUCGAAGUACCGACAACCGAUGGGGAAGAAAGAUUCUUGAGUGGCAGCCUCGUACCGAUAGGCGAAGUGUAGCGAUCCCCCACGAGAUGGAGUGACGACCUGGUAAGACAUUCAGGAAGUCGAUGGAUGCAGGUGGCUCAGGACCGUGCUUUGUGGCAUUCCUUGGGGGAGGCCUAUGUUCAGCAGUGGACUUAUGAAAGACUGUAAUGAUGAUGAUGAAACCACCGAAGCAUUCCUUUCUUAAUCUUGGUCAAAACAUCAUCUUGCAAACCACACUCUUCUUUUAUCACACAAUUUCUUACUCUGUCAUUCAGAUUCAGCCCAAACAUACUCUUUAAUGACCGCAUUUCUACAGCAUCUAUUCUACUCUCGUGCUUGUUCUGCCACACCUAACUUUCACUACCAUACAUUAAAGUAGGGACUAACUAAUUAUGAAAUUAGUCCCUUAGUGUAGAAGUAACAUUUAAAAACAUUUUCGGUAGCAUAUGUGUACAAAACAAUAUUAUUUGCGACAGCAUGGACGAGAUGGAGGCGCUGUGCUCGCGGAUCGCGAUCAUGUCCGGCGGGCGCGUGCGCGCGCUGGGCUCGGCGGCCGCGCUGCGCGCCGCGCACGCGCAAGGCCACGCCGUGCAGCUCAAGCUGCGGCCCGCACCCGCCCUCGCGCACGCCGACGUAACGGAUAGCGCUAAGUCGGAUGUACAGCGACUUAAAUCGGAGCUUCAUCAGAAAUUCAACUGCCAACUCAAGGAUGAGCAUAAGGUAAGAAGUCAUGCUAUUUUUUGGCUAAGUUGUUAAACAAAAUACCAACAGAUAUUCUUAUAUCAGUAAUGCUUUAGAAUGAUUCAUUGUCUUUGAAAUGCAACCUACACUGUGCACGCUUUACAGCAGUCAUCCCCCACCCCCCACCCCCCCACGUGGCCAUGGGUGCUAAACAUUAUAUUUAAACAUAUUGCAUUAUAUAUAAAAUAAAAUUAAAAUAAAAGGUCAGGUGUAGUUUUUCUCUGUUGUUGUAAAAUAUAGCUUCUAUUAAUUGAAUUAUGUACUGCAUUCUGGUUAUCUUUUUAUCAAUUUUCUGGGAUAAUAUAAAAGUUAUAAACGAGCACUUUAAACUGAUGUCGUACAUCUUAUUUUUUCUUUAAAAAAAACGUUACCCCCACACUAGGAUUUUCUCCUGUAUCUUGGAGGCAGUUUACAAACAGAAAUUGCACGAGGACAAACAUCCAGACCCGGAACAGUUAUUUGUAGGCCAUACAAAUACUUGUUCCGUGCGGGAUUCGAACCCGCGGCCCCAGCGCAACAACUCAUUGUUAAGCUACUGCGCCACGGAGCCGUCUAAUAUCAAAUCUGCACAUACAUAAUAAUAAUAAUAAUUUAUUUGCCAGAAAUAUGGUGAUUACAGACAUUAUAAUUAUAGAUAGUACAAGCAUAUUUCGCCAGUGGCAUGCAAAUACAUAUUUUUUUUAAAUGUACAUGAUUCUAUUAAAAAUAUGUUUAAUUAUAAUUUUAUGAUAAAUUCAAGAUUAAAAACUCUUAAGACACAUAACAUGGAUGUCAAUAAUU